GUAGAGAGUGUUCCGCAGUUGCUUUAGUCACUACCUUGGAGUUAAAAUGGCGGCUCGGCAUCAGCUGGAAGAAAGUUAAUUUUGCUUGUAGUUGCAAAAACAGAGCUCGAAUGUGUGUAUAGUGCGUGCAUAUAUAUGUAUAUAAUAUUAUUUAGUGGGAUUUAUAUAAGUGAAUAAUGCCGGGUUGUUGUAUCGCUAACUGUAACAAUAGGAGUGAAAAAGGUUUUCGACUUUUUAGUCUGCCGAGUGGAAAAAUAAGUGCCAACAGGAAGAAUGCCUGGAUAAAAUUCAUCAACAGAAAAAAAUUGCCGGCAAGAGCAAGUGUUUGUGAGGCACAUUUUGAAGAAACACAGUUUGAAACGCAGAGAACAGAUGGCCGAAAACUGUUGAAGUGGAACGCUGUUCCCACCUUGAAAUGUAGAAUUCCAGAAAGUGCCCAGAUUUCUUCGGUUGAUACAGAGGGACCUUUGGUUACUGAAGUUGUGACCAAUGUACUGGAAAACUCCAUGCAAAAAAGUCCAAAUACAGCUGAGUCCACAACAGGGGAUUUAAAUUUUGCAAAUAAUUUACAAUUUCAACAUCUGCAGAAUGAACUGCAAGCUGCACAACGCAAAAUUCGUCAAUUGCAGAAUAAAAUGAACAAUCUCAAAGGAAAUUUUAAAAAAGUGUUUAGUGACGCCCAACUACAUUAUCUUGAAAUGGGAGGCCACAGGGGUGUGGAAUGGUCUGAUGAGUCAAUAAAUAAGGGACUUCGCUUAUAUAUGGCCUGUGGGGCCAAAGGAUAUAAGGAAGUGAAAAGACAGAAUUUGCCAUACCCCAGUAUCCGAACAUUACAGCAUCGGAUCAGAGCUAUAAAACUUGAUGAUGGUGGUUCAGAAGAUAUGUUCAACAAAAUGCAAUAA